GACUGAGGUGAAGGAACCAGAAGAAAUGGUCUCAGUGGUGGACGUGCUAUGUCUCCUGCUGGUCUCAGUGUUAUGGGGAGCCACCAACCCGUUCCUCAAGAAAGGAACCGAGGGCAUCGAGCACGUUCGGAAAGGAAACGUGAUCUCCCAGUUCCUAUCUGAAGCCAAAUUUCUGUUCCUCAACAUCAAGUAUCUGGUGCCGUUUCUGCUGAACCAGAGCGGCUCUGUGGUCUUCUACCUCACCCUUGCUACAACAGAUUUGUCUCUGGCCGUGCCGACGGUCAACUCUCUCAGCCUUGUGUUCACGAUGUUCACCGGCAAGCUGCUCGGGGAGGAGUGUGGAGGAAAAAGUGCUGUGUUGGGGAUGAUGCUGGUUACAGCUGGUGUGACGCUGUGUGUGUUGAGUUCUGUCUCAGAGAGCAACAGUGCAGGACUUAACCCCGCGUCAUGACUCUUCACGGGGAACAUCAGUGCUUCUAGUAGCACGUGAUCCUGGAUCGAUAUUCCUUAUAACCUGUCAUUACCUCACACUUCUCCAGUUGUAAAUAAGUGCAAUUUAAUUGAAGAAAAUAUUGAAGAAAUAGUGCGAAAGUGGCAAGAAGGAGUAGCAGAGACACACAGAAGAGACACCUACAGUGGUUUAAAGCCACAGAUGAUAAUCACAUUUAUCUGCUUCAAGUUCAUAUUUGGAUCAGAGCUGCAUAACGUCAGAUCCCAUAUAUUCUAACCAGCAAACCACACGGGACACAGCUGUCCACAACUGAGUUGAUUUCAGUGUCGGAAUGUGAUCGUAAACUCUGAUAUGCAUUUCCACACUAAAAAUAACUCAGUUGUGGACGCUUUGUCCCAUGUGGUUUACUGCUCAAAAUGAUCCAUGACUUUCAGAAUGACAGUGUUGGUUUAGUUCUGAACAAAACAGCCGUUUCUGAUUUAUUUGUUUUUUUCCUGGAAGAAGGUGGACUUUGAAUUGAUUCCAGCCACAGCACUAGGGCUUAAGCUCCUUUUCCACCAGCAUGUCAUUGCUGUUUUUUUUUUUUCUCUUUUCAGAUCAGUUACACUGAUACACUUUUUUUUGUUUAACCUCAGGUAACCAAAGUGAACACAAGACUACAAAAGUAAACUAGAACUGUUAUUCUGAGACGACUGAGAGUAAACACACCUUUUCAUGGCGGAUUGUUCACACGUGAAAGAGUGCUGGAGUUUUUAAGGUUUAUUGUUAAUACUCUGAGCUUUUAGAAUAGAUGAAAUAAGAAAGGAUAAAAAGUUCACAUUUAUCUACAGCUCCAAGAAAAUAUCAUCACAAUCAUCUAAAUUUGUUGGGAGAAUCCCAUGAAAGUCAGUUCCACUCGAGCACCAGUUCACGUUCGCGCCUCAAACUCCUCGGAUCGGACCGAGUGUCGGCGUGUCGAGACUCGCUCUCGUUUCCUCGCAGAUGCACUUGGGGAAUGUAAAGGCUUUAACUCACACCGGACCCAUUUCGGUUGCACGCUACAGACUUUCACAGUGAUUCUAUUCAUGGCUCACAAUGGACAAAACAAUUUUCACGUGUAUCUUCCAGACUUCACAUCGACUGGGUCUGUAACCUGAACGUUCCUACUGAAUCAUCAUGAAACUAAGACGAGACGCAAUUAUACACAAAAUAUUUAAAAUUUCUCUUAAAUGGUGAUAAUGAUUUUACAAAUGACUAUUCUCAUCGUAUGGGGUAAUAUUUGGGAAAUAUUUUAAGGUGUCAGACACUUUUUUUGUCUCCUUUGUGAGAGACUUCAUCGCACAUCGUAUCGGCUAACGGCGUCUCGUCAGCGUCUUUUAUCACAAGUCAUUCACAAGCGAAUAAAUUUCACAAAACGGUAAAUUCUACACGUCGUAGCCGUUAGCGAACACUGGAGCUCGGAUCGAUAAGAGGUGACGUACGUAUUAGGAACGGUCUGGAGAAGGCUGGUGUGGAGAUGAUUAAGGUUAGAGCUACACACUAUGUGGUGAGGGUCAGUAUUUAUGCUUGUGUCUGAUAUAUAAACGUGUGUCACUCUCUCUGCUGUGAGGAUGAGGAGGGAGGACGGGUGUGGUCCUGCAUCUCUGGCUCUUCAGCGUGAUGAGGACCUUCAUCCUGAAAUCACACACACACA